AAACCAAGUCUAGUGAUUUCAAGUCUAAGAACUUUCUCUCAAAUUUUUGGUAAAAUUUCCUGAGUGCUCUUAAUAAAAUAAAGUUUCCCCUCUUUUAUAUAAAUACUUGCCUUCUUUUAAAUAUUAUAUAAUACUAAUAUACUUUUGAUCCUAGAAAUUUUCAUUUGUGUUUGUAUCUAUUAUGUGCCUUGUGUAAAUUGUGAAUACUAGUAUUAGAAAACCAGAGAGCCAUCUUUAAGGAAUACCAAACACGCAUUGAAUUGACCUUGUAAACAUUUCCCUACGCGUUCAUGAGCAUCUACACAUAAUAAUUAUUAUAUAAGAACUUGGUAGUCACGUCUUUGUUCUUUUUAUAUGUAAAAAAUUGUUUAUUUCCAUCUGAUCAAUUCAUCUAAAACAACCAUCUCAUCUUAGGUUCCUGUUCCAAGUUAACGAUCUGAUUCAUGGAGGAGGCGAAACCGAGGAAGAGCUUGACAAGCAGUAGCAGCAGAGAGUCAUUAAAGACCAAGAAUCCGUUUAGCCGUGUGCUGAAUGAAGAAGACGGCAUCAAAAGCAAAACAGGAUUGUCAAUGAGAAAGUCGUGGUCCACGGACUCGCUUGGUCUGCUCGGUAACAGCAACACGUUGGGGAAGACAUGCAUCUGUGCUCCAACAAAGCACGAAGGGUCCUUCCGCUGCAGGCUUCACCGUACAUCGGCCACAAGCCAAGGUGCAGCUACUACGCCACUUCAUCUCCCAAAGCCAUUGCUUCCUUCUAGUCGUCUCAGUGACUACUAGUCUUUUGUGUUGUUCACAUAAUGAAUAUCAGUAUGGUCUGAUUGAAGAUUGUUACAUUUUUUUGUUAUUCACAAAACCCAAUAUGGUGUAACUCAUGCGUUCGUGUCUGUAUGUGUAUGUUAAUGCUGCUGUUUUUUUUGCUUGGCUGAUUUGGUUUUGAUCAAUUAAUAAGAUAAGUAGAACAAGAUUGUUAAGAGAAAGAAAACAAAAGUUUGAAAGUU